AUGUUUAACAUUGAAUUAUUAAAGGAAUGUCCUGAUGACAUUAUCUUUAAAAUAUUAGACCAUAAUUUCCUAGCGGUACAUGAUAUCUACAACUUCCUUUUCUAUAAGUCAACCCAUGACGUUGCUCAGCAAGUUUUAAACAAGCGAAGCUUAAUUCAUUUGACUAUUGGAAAAAGGAAAAACUGUGAAAGUGUAAUUACUUCUAGCCAUGAUUACGAGAUAACUAAAGGCCCAUAUUUCUGGCAUAUUUACUACAACUAUGCCAAUAAGGAUUUAUUCUUGUCGUGGUAUGAUAGACACAAAUAUAUUCAAAAUUAUGUUGUGCAGAUUUUCUUAGACCAAUUCCAAUUUGAAAGUUUGCAGUUUUUGCAAAUUCUCAAGUAUAAGAAAAUUAAGAUUUAUUUGAACUACGAGUCUGAUUUCAAUCAUACUGUCAGGAAGUUCACUCAUAUCAUAUGGCCCAUGAUUGGUGAAAUUUUUGAUUUGAGUAAUAAUUUUGUUAAUCUAAUUUUGGAAUAUGAAAGUUCAAUUGACCAGAACUUAACCAUCGACUUGUCAAACCUUAAUCAAUUUGAAUUUAGACAUUAUACCCCAACUUAUAGGCUGAUUGAAUUUAAAGUCAAUGACAAGUUGCAAGAAUUGAAAAUUAAUAAUAUUAGCAUGUUACCAAUAACUAUAAAGUUAAGUUCAAUUCCACUAAAUAUCACUCAAUUCUUGUGCAAUGGUCCGAUUGCAAAUCUAGUGUAUCUAGGACAUUUCUUAACUAAAUGUCCCAAUUUACAAAAAUUGUCAAUUUCAAAAGCCCAUUUGUCAAAUUUUCCGGAUUUUAUUGACAUAAUUUCUCCAAUGGGCCUACCAAGGUUGGCUUGGUUAGAUUUAAGUAAUAAUGAAUUUGGUAAUAUCGAAGAUUUAGAUUUGUCGACUAUAUUCCCAAACUUAUCCACUUUCAUCAUGAAAUUCGAGCAAUUGAAAACCCAUAGGUUUAGAUUUAGUGAUAUCACCUUCCCAGAUACUUUAACCUCGUUGAUACUACACGACAAAGGUAUAUCAAAAUUCACCAAUAUUGAAGGAAUUAAAUUCUUGAAGUAUCUUGAUCUAUCCUAUAAUUACCCGCAAGAUUUCGAAAUUCCCCAGAGGGUGUCUCAUAUUACCACUUUAAACCUUUCAUACAAUAGAACCAUAUUAUCAUCGAUUUAUAGAUUUAACAGAAGGGAUAUAUCCAACUAUAUAUUCUUUCAUGUGACAGAAUUGCAUUUACAAGGAUGUAAUAUUACCAAUGAAGAUUUGGAACAUUUAGAAGCUGAUUACCAACAUCUGAAACAUUUGCCCAAAUCUUGUGUGGAGUAUCUCGACUUGUCUAAUAACAAACUUUCCAAUUUAAGACUGUUUUCUGGUAAGUUGUUUACAAACUUACCAUUGAAAUACCUUGAUUUGUCAUUUAAUGCAUUCACUUACUUGAAUAAAGAUAUAUUUCCAAUAACUAGACAAAUCUACCCAAAUUUAUCUAAAGUAAAUCUUACUGGGAAUGCAAGGUUACAUAAUAUCACCUUAAGUAAUGAUUAUCCAGAGUUGGAACUUAUGUAUACUCCAUUUGAAAGAACCAAACCUACUAAUUGUUAA